GCUGAUGUAAUAGCCUGUAGCUGUGUUUGCAUUGACCUUCUAUUGCCGAUACCGCAAUCACCAGAAUGCGUGGAUUGUGAAUUUGAAGCAAUGCGUUGCCCAGUUAAUAUAAUCGGCCGCGAUGGAUAGGUCUGACUGCAAUAAUUCACGAAUCGCAAUUUCUUAUUUCUUGGAAGAUCGAUCGAAGAUCGUGAUAUCGACAGCAAAACCUCGUGCCCACGAGUGACUGGAUACGGAAGUUGCUUGAUCCCCUUUGCUCCUCUCUGAUUAGGAAAAUGUUUGGUUGAUCUCAUAAUUAGGAUAGAAAGGGUUUCCAUUAUUUUGCGGAUCAUAGGUCUCGUUUGUUCACUCGCACUCACGCAGACUGCCUUUGCACUAUGGAUAGCAAUUUGGAAUGUACCGCCAAACCUAUAAGCUCAGAUGGAAAUGUCUCCAGGCGCGAAACUGGUUUGGUAUUCGGUCAAGGACCGACAGCUCCAAAAGCCGCUGAACCGGAUGCACCAUUUCCUCCUCUGCCUGGUCGAUAUCAGAAGCAGUUACUCCGAGGAGCCUCUGUCGGAUCAUUGAGGCCUAACAGAGACAGGGAAAACUACGGGCGACGUACUAGAUCAACGUCGCUUGGAAUGAACGGUUUUCGAGACCUGCAACUUGAUGUCAGGGAAUAUCGUGGAGAGAGUAAGAACGAGCAGCUUGAUGGUACGCAUCAAAGGCCGAACCCGGUAGAUGAAGAAACGCUUCUCAAUCUGACAAAGCAAGACAAGGCGGCAUCGCGUGAGGCAACCGUAACGGAAAUGGCGCAAUACCGAUCCAUUCGUCAAACGGCGGUCGUUUCGGUCGCACUUAUGCUGGUCUUGCAAACUGUGACGGCGACGAGUCUUGUCCGUGCUGGGGAUGUUUCCAUCGAUGAAGCUAUCCUAUUCACAAUGUAUUCCGUUACGACUGCAGGGUUUGGUAGUGUCGACAUACCUUUCACUCCCGGCUUUCUACUUUAUCUGGUUGUAUACAUGUUAGUGGGUAUCGGUUUGACAACGGUGUUGGCAUCCCAAGUCUAUUUGUAUGUUGCGCUUGUGACUCGCAUUUCCAAAAGCUCGGUAGAUCAACGGGAACUAGCUGAUCGCGGCCUCAACAACUGGACACAAGCAAAAGCACAAGGUUCUAACGAGGAGAACUCCGAAGACGAAAACGAUGCUCCAGCCGCUGUGCCGCACGUAGAGGCACUGAAAGAUGAUCGCCGCCAUGGGCACCUUAACAUUGGCCAGGUGUCACUCAGCCUGGUUGACCGUCUAAAAUUAUUUUUCCGCUCAAGCGAAGCCACGAGAUGCUUCUGUCUCACUUGCUACCUUGUUGGCUUGUUGUUAAUUGGAGUAAUUGGAAUGAUGUCACUGGAAGGUUGGACGUUUGUCGAAGCCCUCUACUUUUCAACCUUUGUCAUGACAACGGUUGGUUUUGGUGACUACUUUCCCACCAAAUCCAGUAGCAUCUGGUUCGUCAUAUUCUGGUUGCCGUUUAAUAUCAGCUUUCUCUCCAUCUUUAUGGGGAAUCUCGGUCGCUACUAUAUGAUGUUGAGCAGUUGGAAUGUGAUCCGAAAAGAGAAAAAGCUUCGCAAGAUUUAUGGCUUCACCACUCCUCUCCUUGGAGAAGAAGGUCCAUCCAGACAGAUUGCUGACGAGAAAUACCAAAUUCAGCGACAUGGUAUGAGUGCCACAGAAUUGGAUUGCAUUCAAACAAUGGGUGACGUCGUGCGCUUUGUUCUCGGGACUCUUGCGGCAGAUGUCAGCCUACUCGACGACAAAAGCAAUCCAGUGUCGAGCAUUGGAGCGCUGUUGGAGACGUUCAUGCUCCAAUCGAGUUUAAGUCACCCCGGGACUUUUGAGAAGAAUGGGGUCCGGAAACCAUCGUUUGCCUUGAUGGUACUUGUUCAGGAACGCUUCGCUCAUAUCAUAGCGAAUGACAUUGCGGGCUUCCACUCAGACUUGUGCGUCAAAGAUACAACCGUUUCGAUGACAGUUGAAUCCAUACAGGAAGUCGCGAAUCAGUGGCAAGUGCCGGCAGGUGCACUUACUGCAUUUCGUGCCGUCGCGUUUGAAGCCUUGAUUUUUGUCGGGGAGAAGAAAUUGGUGUCAAAGGGUGCUGAGGCUCUUUUAAAUUUGUCGCCCUUCGAGUUUCAUGAGAUCUUCAGUCCCCUGUUGGCGGCUUUGGCAGACUCUGGAACGAUGGAAGGAUGGCUGGCGGUUACAACUCCUACAGCGGCUGAGAAAUUUCCGCGGUCUUACGUUUAACAGCUCUUGCCAUAGUACGCCUCACGUCAUCCACAACGUUACCGACCUGUGAAUUUACAAAAAAAUCUUCAUUAUAAUCCUUUUACAUGCCUCUUG